AUGCGUCCUAGUAGAGAAGUCCACUGGUACCUUGAUAGCCAGACAAUGUUUGUCAAAUCCUUAUCUCACGGUCUUGGUGCCAACUGGGCAUCUCAGGGGCAGCUACACGACUUUCUGGCUAAUCUCCUAGUCAAGAACAGUUCUCCAGCAGGCGAAUGGCACGUCUACCAAUACUACAGCCAGGCCAUGAAGGGUAAUCGAGUCGGGACAUCUCGGUCUGAUGACGAGCUCUUUGAGGUCUACGCGACUCGAGGCGGCAGUGCGGGAACCGUCAAGAUAUUAGCAGCAAUUCGACCCGUGGCCAGAAAGAAGACGUGCAACCUUUCCAUCACCGGUCUCUCUGGGGUCAAGGUCAAGGGCCCGACUGUCAGGAUUAGAACCUACAGAUUUGAUGGCCCCAACGUGUCUACUGCCGUUGGAGCUCCUGUUAAUCUGGGUACCUUCAAGCACACGACCAAGAACGACCAAGUGAGUUUGGAGAAUUACUAA